GACAUCCGCCGCGUGCAGCGGCAGCAGGGCGAGGCAUACUGUCAGCUGUCCGAUUUCCUGGAGACGUUUCCCGUGUCCUGGACGCUGGAGCGACAGCUGAAGAACUACUUGAAGCAGACUGUGAAGAGAGUGACCUUGCCAAGCAAGCGAGAGAUGGCCACGCUGCUUCCCGACAUGCUGCACGGGCAGCUGUGCUCCGAAGCUCUGGGUGCGAUUGUGAGUCCUCAUCAGAUGUUCAAAGGGCUCAUGGAGAAGUACCCGAGCUUCCAGCGCGACCUUUGCGUCAAAGGUCUGGAAGACUGGACUUUGGCACCGGAUGAGGUGCUCUUUUCAGCGGGGCUCUCCUGCCAGAACAUGCUCUUCGUGGCCUUCAACUUCGUGCUCUACAAGCGACAGGGCGUCGUGAUGCAAGAGGAGCGAAGUAGGCCUUCCAAGGUGAAGACCUGGACCCUCCGCCAUGGCCAGUCCUGGAACUCGCAGGCGUCCCCGACGCCGCCGCCGGAAGUCGUCUCCUCCAAGCGGGAGACCGACUUCACCUUGCGAAUCAAGCCAGGCCACUGGUUGUGUGAGCCCUGCCUGUGGACGGACUGGCGCUACCUUGGCCAGGCCGUCGCCGGGUCCUCCGCGAGCCUCCUCUGUUUGAACCAAUCGCAGCUUCUGCACAUCACCGCCGGGCACGCCGAUAUCUCAGCGGAGCUGGUGAUUCACGCCCGACUCUUCCUGAAUGCGCUGAACGACAUUCCAGUGGAGGAGCUGAGUGACGUGCAAUGCCUCGGCUUCGAUGGACACGGACGUGCCCGGUGGCAGCAGAAUGCGCACAAAGACUACACGCGAAAGGCAGCUGGCCAGGUGAAGGGGCUCCUUGACCACAACAACCUCCCCACAGACCUCCAGCUGCACCGCUACAUGCGAGAGCUGGUGAAGGCCUUGGGAAUUCUUAUCCGGGGCGCGCCAGAGGGCCUGAGGAGGGAGGUGGCGAAGCCUUUCGAGGGCGUCUGGGAUUUCCAGGACAACUCGCCCCUGGCGACGCCCCUCAAGGUGGAGCACUUGGUCUUCGUCUUGGAGUCCUUGGAAUCGCUGCUCUUAGCCGGCAGGGAGGUCAUGGGCGAAGUGGCCGUGCGGGAGAUCAACUACGAUGCCAGGCGGCUCAUUGCCAGGACGCCCUUGGCUAAG